AUGGCAGAAUCAUGGCGUACUCACGAUAUUGUGUAUCUAGCGGUUGUUACGCCGGUGCUUUUAGCGGCAGCCUUUGAGUUGCUUCUUUUGCUUGCUGCGUUCUUAUACUGUCUCGUCAAAGUUUUCCAGAAAGCGGAUCGCUGGAGCAGCCAGGUUCUUGCCGUUACUAUGAUGGUUCUUAUAUUGUUGUUCAGGGGCAUAUUUCUGCCGGUUCUGCUCUUUACAAUCCCCUUUCCACGGCAGGUUUCGCGGCAUUGGCCUCCUGGCCUAGUUACUCCCGUCCAAUGGUUUGCCCUUGGGGCUUUCACAGUGCUGCUUGCUGUACCCUGGUCUGUUUGCGUCGCCAGGCUGAUCAUAACAACAUCAUCGCGGCGGCCGGAAAAAAUAAAGCAGGCUUUUGCCAACCACACCGCGCCUAAGGUUGUCAUCGUCAUGCCAGUAUACCAGGAGCAUCCUUCGGAAUUGAUCAAAACCAUUGAAUCGGUGGUCAACAGCGAGUAUCCGAAAUGCCGUAUCCAUUUGUUUGUUUCAUACGACGGAGUCUCCAUGGACGAAUCCUACCUCCAGGUCAUCCACCACCUUGGGGCUCCGAUAUCAUUGGAAAGCUAUCCGCAGAGUAUCGACGUGACCUACAAGGGCGUUAAAAUUACGGUAUCUCGCUUCGUACAUGGGGGCAAGCGACACUGUCAACAACAGACAUUCAAACUUGUCGACAAAAUGUACUUCGAAUACAGCCAGCGGCACGAUGAUUUAUUUAUGUUGUUCAUUGAUUCCGACUGUUUCCUGGACAAACGUUGUUUGCAGAACUUUGUGUACGACAUGGAACUCAAGCCGGGGCGCAAGCGCAAAAUGCUAGCAAUGACGGGCAUCAUCACAUCGACCACUGAGAAAAACAAACUGUUGACCCUGCUGCAAGAUCUGGAGUAUAUCCAUGGACAGUUCUUCGAACGGUCUGUGGAGUCGGGCUGCGGCGCCGUGACCUGUCUUCCUGGCGCACUGACAAUCCUCCGAUUCUCUGCGUUCCGCAAGAUGUCCAAGUACUACUUCGCCGAUAAAGCCGAGCGAUGCGAGGAUCUCUUUGAUUAUGGGAAGUGUUACUUGGGUGAAGAUCGCUGGCUCACCCACCUCUUUAUGAUCGGCGCCAAAGAGCGCUACCAAAUCCAAUUGUGUACGACUGCAUUUUGCAAGACAACCGCAGUCCAGACAUUCUCUGCCCUGAUGAAGCAGCGACGACGAUGGUUCCUCGGCUACAUUACCAAUGAAGUUUGUUUGUUGACCGACAUCAGACUGUGGAAGCGCUAUCCCUUCUUGUGUCUCAUCCGGUUCAUGAACGAUAUGAUGCGUACAACCACGUUGCUCUUCCUCGUUCAAACGAUAUCUCUCAUCCUGACAUCAGGCCGACUUCACGGCUUACCUGUCAUCAUCAUAAGCGUGUCUUUGGUGCUCAAUUAUUCGCUCAUGUUCUAUCUGGCGAUUAGACUCAGGCGCUUGAAGGCUUUGCUCUAUUUACUGAUGUUUAUCCUCAUGCCUCUGUUCAAUUGGCUGUUCCUGGUGUACGGCAUAUUCACGUCGGGACAGCGCACGUGGGGAGGCCCUAGGGCCGAUGCCGCCAAAGCCGAUAAAUAUAUGACUCCUGAGGAGGCAGUUGAGCGAGCCAUGACCCAGGGCGACGAGCUGAAUGUGGUGGUCGACACUUUCCGGCACAAUACUGUAAAGAGAAAAGUGCCCGUCCACCCUUCGGAGAAUCUCAGAGGACGAUUUUCUGCUUCUCCGCGGCCUGGCAAUUAUCCCGUUACCAUUGUAGAUGGCACCGGGAUCCCUCUAGCUAAUGCGAUGACACCUCUUCCCAGUGUACCACGGAUAGGUGUGCACCCAGGCGGUUCUUCCGAGACAGUAUUCACGUCGGAUUCAGAAUCAACCUCCAUGUCCCUGCCACUCCCCGUGGAAGGCACCAGGGUACUUCCCCAGAGCUCGAUCGCAUGUCACCAUACGAGCAGCGCAGACGAAACAAGUCUACAAACCAGUGGAUGUCGCGAAAGACCCCAAUUGGGACACCGGAGCACUCAUGAGCUUUCUCUGUCUGUGGUUUCCACUCGAGAGCUGACGGAUGGGACACUUCGCACUUUGUCCACGCCACAAGAAUCCGGGCAUCCGCCCACCUCCAGUGUUGCGACUAGACUGUCUCGAAUGGUGCAGUGGCCUCGGCCGGGACGUCGAGCAAACAGACCGACGCGGACCCAGAUGCCAAGGGAUCCUGAGCACAUGGUCUAA